AUGCAUCCUAACCUGCUUCGUUCUUCCAAGCCUCGGGAAGGUGGCAUUGGAAAGGGACAUGGCGACCAGCCUAGCAGCGGAGCGUAUCGGGGAGGACCAAGCCAUGGCUCGCGUCGGAAACUGAUACUCUGCUUUGACGGCACCGGCAACAAAUUCCGAGGCGACGAUAGCGACAGUAACAUACUCAAGAUUUUCCGCAUGCUCGAUAGCUCGUCGGAUGACCAGUUCCAUUACUACCAACCCGGCAUUGGAACCUACGUCGUGUCAGAAAAUCUGACGCACAACGGUGUAAGAGCCAAGUGCAAGUCAUGGUAUCAGAUGGCAAAGGAUUCGGCGGUCGGCUCUUCGUUCGACCAACACGUCGUGGGCGGGUAUCGGUUUCUGAUGCGAUACUACUCUCCAGGAGACGACAUUUACAUGUUUGGCUUCUCCCGGGGCGCCUACGUCGCCAGGUUCUUGGCCGAGAUGCUAGACUUUGUCGGUCUGCUGUUGCACGGCAACGAGGAAAUGGUUAGCUUUGCCUGGAGCUCAUUUUCCCAAUGGCAGUGCCGUAGGACCAACUCCACGGCAGAAGGAAAAGAGGAAAGAGAAAAGAUGUACCGGUUUCUCAAGGGCUUCCGAGAGACUUUCUCCCGGCCCAUACGACGCAUCCGUUUCCUGGGGCUUUUCGACACUGUCAAUAGCGUCCCUCGUUUCGAGACGGCCUGGAUGCAGCGCAGCAAGUUCCCGUACACUGCACGAAGCUCCGCAAAAGUUGUUCGACACGCAGUCAGCAUCGACGAGCGUCGAGCCAAGUUUCGGCAGGAUCUGAUUUACCAAGAACCCAAGUGUCGCAAUAAGAGCAAGAAGAAGGAGGCCGUCGAACGGGUCAUGGAACGUCAGCCGUUCAAUGAGAAAGUACAAGAAUUCCAAGAGAAAUAUCGACCAGGCCGGCGUUCGACUCUGGCGCCCGACGACGCUGUCGCGGCAGAGGACCGUGGAAGGAGGAAGAGUCGCGAUCGAAGCGCGGAGGAGGAUGCAGACCAUCCUAUCCCUUUCCGCAGCCGUUCCAGAUCCCGAUCCAGGGCAACUGAUGACGGCUCACACCAUUCUCACGCGGAACAUGACGCAUCUUCCACUCACUCCAAGCCGCCCAUGGAGGACCUGACCUAUGAAUCAGAUGACGACGAAGCCGACCAAGACGUCGAUGAGGUAUGGUUCGCCGGAGGCCACGGCGACAUAGGCGGCGGUUGGGAUGCUGUCGCCGGUCGCAAGAAUGCCAGUCACAUACCUCUUGUAUGGAUGGUCCGAGAAGCCAUGCGAGCAGGGCUCAGUUUUGACGUCGAGCAGCUCGAGUAUUUGGGGUGCGUCGAGUCGGUGUCGGGGCCCAGCCGCCAGUCCAGAUCGACGUCCCCAAAGCCGCAAGAAGGUUUCGGCCUUCCCGAGAUCCAUGUCGAUGCUCCGUCGCCGCCGGCUGAGGCUCAGCCUGAAUCGCCGAGCGGAACUGCGACAGAACCAACUGACGAGAACUCCGAAGGGUUGACGCACGCCUGCACAACGACGCCCUUCAGCGAGAUGAUCCGGACAGCCCAAGAGGCCGAGAUCCACGACUCGCUCGACUUUUCUUGCGGCAUGCAUCCGGUCAGCGUCUUCAUGUGGAGGGUGAUGGAAUAUCUUCCAUUCCGAAGACUCGACUUGAGGCCGGAUGGAAGCUGGAAGCCUAUCCGAUGGCCGCUUCCACGUGGGGAAGUACGCGACAUCCCGGACAAAGUCAGAGUCCAUGGCAGUGUUAUACGCAGGAUGGAAAGAGACGGAAUGUACCGGCCAGGAAAUCUGAUAGUCGGCGGUGGCGGCAGAGGAUGCCGAGUUGCGCCUAAGGAAUACGGUAUGGGAGAGUGGGUGUGUGUCAAGGGCGAAGGCGACUUAAUUGACGAGGUUUGGAUGCGCAAGCCGCAGGGCAACAAAAAAGAUAAUUUUAAUUCUUAA